AUGCAUACCGAGAUUGACGGAGAGGCCAUCGCCCGGGCUCUGCAUGGUCGCACUCUCCAUGUUCCGAGCAUGAGAGGCAUAUUCGAGCACUGGCCUCAGACUGUCCGAAACACACACUACCUGGCCCUGGUGGAGUUUGUUAAUGAGCUCAUCACUCAAAUGCUUAGUAUCCCGAGUCGAGUUGCCCAGCACAAGAGCCAAGAUCUGGCAUUGUUCUGUGCUUUAUGGUACCCACACGUUGAUUGGGAGACGCUGAAGACUCUUUCCUACUAUACGAUAUGGCUUUUCCUGUGGGACGACACCAUUGACACAGCUGAGUACGAUCUCGCUGAUGAUCUCGAGGAGGCCAACCUUUACCGCCAAGAAACGGUGGCCUCUUUCAACCAAUACAUGCGCAGCCCAGUCUCAUCUGCGGAUUGUGCAAUCGACUGUGUGAACGGGGCCGUCAAGCUCUUUGGCCGCGAUGUAGCCUCUUUCUUUACAGAAGAGACAACCGAGCGCUUCCUGCAUGAAGUCGACGUCUUCAUCACAUGCUCAGGACUGGAACAGGAGUACCGGAUUUCAGGCAAGAUUCUGGAGUACGAUGAGUACAUUGAUCUUCGCCUCGGCACAACGGCCGUCUACACCUUGACAGGUCUUGUCGAGUCGGUGCAACCCGAACACAUCAUGAACAGCCAGGCCCGCCGUGACGUCUGGAGGGAAGCCAACAUUGCCAUCAUCAUUGUCAAUGACAUCCUUUCUCUGAAGAAGGAGCUCCGCACCAUGUGCCUCAUCAACGCCGUCAGCGCCCUCAUGAAAGAAGGCAUGGACCUCCAGGGCUCCGUAGACGAGCUGCUCGUCCGUCUCGUCGACUCAGUAGCCCGGUUUGAUGCGGCGGCCUCGGUUCUCGAUCGCGCUACUGAACAGUCGCCGAUGCUCAACAGGACGGUCCGGAGAUAUUGUGAUGCCUGUCGCACCAUGGUUACUGCUACGUACGAGUUUAGGUACGUCUGCAUGUGUGUGUCCCCGCAAAUGAAAAUUACAUGCUAA